AGGGCGUCAAGCUCGUCUCACUGCAGCAGACGUUGGCGAUUUCAGUGUUCCCUUUUUACUCUCUUUCCACCGUAGGGAGAGGCAAUACCAUAGUAUCCUCACGGCAAGAUGUGGUCCUCGAUGAUGGAAACCGUAAAAAAGAACCCUUUUGGUUCUCCUUUUAUCACAGCUGACUGCCAGGCACAAAGCGGGGACGGCCAAACCCAAGCUCUUGUCAAAGGCAGAUAUAUCGCAGCUGCCAACACGGUGGAAGGCGAUAGCUGCGAGUUUGGCUCCAACAAAUACUUUAUGCUAUGUGGGCUCGGAGGCAUCUUGUCCUGUGGUAUUACACACACCAUGGUUACCCCCCUUGAUCUUGUAAAGUGCCGGAUUCAAGUUGACCCUGCAAAAUACAAGUCUGUAUUCACCGGAUUUAAGGUGACUCUUCAAGAGGGUGGAGUCAAGGCUCUUGGUAAAGGUUGGGCACCAACCUUCUUCGGUUAUUCGACACAGGGAAUGUUCAAGUUCGGUCUAUAUGAAGUAUUCAAGGUUUAUUACUCACAAUUAAUUGGAGAGGAACUUUCCUAUGAAUUCAGGACUACUCUCUACCUAGUUUCUUCUGCCUCUGCUGAAUUUUUUGCUGACAUUGGUCUUGCUCCGAUGGAAGCUGCCAAGGUUAGGAUUCAAACGAUGCCUGGAUACGCAAACAACUUGCGCCAAGCGCUUCCAAAAAUGUUUGCAGAUGAAGGCUUUGGAGGUUUCUACAAGGGUUUGGUACCCCUGUGGCUGCGCCAGAUCCCGUACACCAUGAUGAAAUUUGCCUGUUUUGAACGUACUGUCGAAUUGAUAUACAAACAUGUCGUACCCAAGCCACGUGCCGACUGCACCAAGGGUGAACAGCUUGUCGUAACGUUCGCCGCUGGUUACAUUGCUGGUGUAUUCUGUGCCGUUGUUUCUCAUCCAGCUGACUCGGUUGUGUCCAAACUAAACCAAGAAAAGGGAGCAACUGCUGGUGAUGUAGUUAGGAAACUUGGAUUCGCCGGAUUAUGGAAGGGAUUGGCACCAAGAAUCAUCAUGAUUGGUACUUUGACAGCCGCUCAAUGGUUCAUCUAUGACGCUGUCAAGGUAUGGCUCCGUAUGCCACGUCCACCACCACCAGAGAUGCCAGAAUCUCUCAAAAAGAAGUACGGAGUUGCUUAAUCGCUCAUAAUUUGAUGAAGAAUAAAAAUAAUUACGCCUAGAACAGAAAGCUAGACAGAUUAAUUUCGAUCAUUACCAAUAACGGUUAAAUACUGUGACUAUCUGGUAAUUUUUCAACAAUACUCGUCCCACGAAUUGAACCUCGUUUAUCCCAAAAAAAAUGCAUACGUGGAUUUUAAUUACUGUUAAUAAUAACACCGAAAUAAAACCAGAUCGGUACAGGCUACCUAUUCAUUGUACUGCUCAGUAUUUGUAGCCAAAAAUGUAGUAGAAAAAUUACAUGACUAUUGUUAUAAUUUAAAUUAUUACGAUGACAGCAAAAGUAAAAAAAAAACCAACCAAACGAAAACAAUAAAAAUCGUCAUGCAAUCAUUGCUGCUCUGUAAAUAGGAUGAUCGCUAGAAAUUAAUUACUGGGUUCAUCGUACUUGUUCCAUUUCUUGUUAAAUAAACGACGGUACGCAGUAA